AUGCCUACUAUCACUUUUCGAACUAUCACUCAAUUGUCUUUCACGAUGGAUCUCGAGCCUUCCUUAACGGUUGCUGAGGUUAAGAAAAAAAUUGCUGAGGAAAAGGGUGACGACUAUGCAGUGGAGCUCCAAAAACUGAUCUACAAUGGAAAAAUUCUUGAAGAUGUCAUGACGAUUGAGCAAAUCGAUAUCGAUCCUAAUAAGUUUGUGGUUGUUAUGUUGUCAAGGAGGAAGGCACCUGAGUCAGCGCCUGUCCCCGCUGUCGCGCCUGAGCCUGUUUGCGCCCAGACUCCAACAGUUACUCCUUUAUCUGACUCAGGGGCUAGCACAGAUGUAAACAAACAAAGCAGUCCAUCUGGACCCGUUGCACCGGCGCCUGUUGUACUGCCUGAUUCUGUUGAUGAACCCAACCCUCCUGCAACGACAACCCAGGCGCCACCAACGCAGGCAACACUGACACAUCAAUCAUUCACUUCUGAUCAGGAGUCAGCUAUCACCGCCAUCCAGGCAAUGGGUUAUCCUCGCGACCAGGUCGUUGCUGCACUUCGAGCUGCUUUUUGGAAUCCAGAUCGUGCUGUUGAGUAUCUUUUAAACGGAAUUCCAGAUGAAGAACAAAUGCCUAUUGAAGUCGGAGGUGAAGAAGAAGGAAGCGAAAGAGGUGAAAGUGCAGCAUCUCAACUAGAAAUUCUUCGUCAGUUACCGCAAAUGGAGGAACUCCGAAAUCUUGUCCGCUCGAAUCCUGAGAUCCUUCCUUCACUCAUUCAACAAAUCGCUGCUGUGAAUCCGGAUUUGAUGGAGGUUAUCCAGAAUAAUCAAGACGAAUUUCUGCGUAUUUUAAAUGCCGCUCCCGGCUCUGCUGCUGCUCAGCCUGCUGGUGGUGGAGAAACAGGUGCGAACCCGAAUCCGUAUUCUGGCCGCCAUGUGAUUGACCUUACAGAACAAGAAGCUGCUGCCAUUCAACGUAUUAAAUCGCUUGGUUUUCGGGUUUCGGAUGGACUAAUCAUUGAGGCGUACUUGGCAUGCGACAAAAACGAGGAAAUGGCUAUAGACUAUAUUUUGAACAGAAUGAGUGAAGACGACAUGUGA